AUGGGUCAUCAAGGACCCUAUAAGGUAAUUAAAUAUGUGAGAGACAGAUUCUUUUGGAAAGGUUUAACAAAAGAUAUUAAAAACCAAUUAAGGUCUUGUCAUUUAUGUCAGUUAUCUAAGAAAAGCAAUAUAACAUAUGUGGGUCCCUGCAAAUCUAUAAUAACAGAAAACAUUGGCGAUAUAGUCAUGGCAGACUUAUAUGGACCGCUUGUAUCAGGUACCUUUGGGUACACUUUCAUAUUUGUCAUUCAAGAUUCAUUCAGUAAAUUUAUCAAAUUAUAUCCUUUAAAACAGUCAACAGCAAAGUCUGUUGUAACAAAAGUAAAGCAUUUUGUUGAGAUUAUAAAGCCCAAGGCAAUAAUGACAGAUAAUGGAAAACAGUUCGUAAGUAAUCACUGGAAACAAUCAAUGAGUGAAUUAAAUAUAAAGCCAAUAUAUACCACAGUUAGAAAUCCUAGACCAAAUACAACAGAGCGAGUAAAUAAAGAGUUGAGCAGAUUAUUUAGGACGCUUUGUCAUACUAACCACAAAGAUUGGGCGUUAAUAUUGCCGAAAUUAGAAGAAUUGUAUAAUAAUUCUUAUCACAAUAGUACAGGCUUCACGCCUUGUGAGAUUCUUUAUGGUGAGUCUAAUGAGAUGUCUUUUGACAAAGUAAUUUCUAAAAGUAAAGACAAACAUAAUGUCGAACAAAUUAGACAACAAGCGCGUAAAAAUUUAAAAGAGGCAAGUCGAAUAAGAAACACAAAAUUUGAUAAGCGAAAUAGAUUAAUAAAAUAUAAUAUUGGUGACUUAGUUAAAAUUUCAAGAUCUAAUAGAUCAGAUGCUGAUAAUAAAGUUAUGAGUAAGUUCAAUUUGGCAUAUGAAGGACCUUAUGUAAUAGCAGCCGUACCAUUUGACAAUGUAUAUACCUUAGCAAAUCCAGAGACAAACGAAAUUAGAGGAAUUUUUAAUGCUAUUCACUUAUUAAAAUAUUUUAAAUAA